GCGUGUUGCUGCAAUUAGGAUUUACUAGUAGUAUUUUCCCAGUGGGAGACGAAAGAGAGAGAGGACCAAUAAAGUAGGAAGUGGAUAAAACCUUCCCAAAUUGGAAACCCUCUCUAGGGUUUUUGUGGAAUCUCACUCUUUCUUCCUCUGAUUUUGUCUCUCUUAUUUUAGGGCUUCUCUUCCCUUUCUCUCUCUAAAGCUUGGUUCUUUCUCUCUCUAGGCUUUGUUGUUGUUGUUGUACUUAGUGGAGAUGGAGUGCUUGUCCCGUGAUGUUGUUCUUUUGGAUAGGUUUGUGUCUUCUGUCAUAGAAGCUGUUGUGGCUGAGACUGCCAUUGUUGCUGCUAAAUCUCUUGCUUGCCUUCUCUUCAUGAUGGGAAAAUUUCCGAAUGGUAUUGAUUUCCUAUGGGAGCCUGAAAAAAUUGAAAGGGUUUCAUUAGCUGAAAUUAACACUAUGAAGAAGCCUGGCCCUGAGAACAAAGAUGGCAGCGAAACAGAGGAUGAUGACGAGGAUGACGAUGAUGGUGAAGAAGAUCAGGAUGAUGAUGAUGAUGGUAGUGAGGAGGAUGAUUUGCCUGGCAAAGAGGGAAAUGAUGAGGAUGAAGGGGAUCCUGAGGAUGUGCCUGUGGCCAAUGGUGAUGGUGGAAGCGAGGAUGACGACGAUGAAGAUGAGGAUGACGACGAUGAAGAUGAUGAGGAAGAAGAGGAGGAUGAAGAGGAAGAUGAGGAUGAAGAGAUUCCUCAGCCACUUGUUAAGAAGAGAAAAUGUGCUGAGGAAGAAGAGGAGGAUGAAGAGGAAGAGGAAGAUGAAGAGAUUCCCCAGCCACCUGCUAAGAAGAGAAAAUGAGAGUACUUUUUUUCUUUUCUUAUGUCAUGUUUUGUCUUUUGGGUUAGUCCCUAGGAUGAGAGGGGGCAGGAUUCAGAUAUUUUUUUAUGACGUAGAAAAGUUUGCAGUACUUGGUUGUUGUAGACGAACCCUGUUUAGUAUCUCUACUUUUAAAGCUCUGUUUUUUUUAUCAUAGUAAGCUGCGUUUAAAACGAAGAAAUGAAAUGGUUAUUCUCAUCUUA